UAAAAGACUUUGAUUAAACAAUCUCUACUAAAGAAGAUGAGUGUGGAUUGGUACCAGCUGUCAAAUUUUAAGUGUCCGAUUAGCGGAUGCAAGGGUGCCCAGGAACCAACCUCUUGGGUGUGUGCUAACGAUAGAACUGACAUCUACAUAGCUCAAACUGGUUAUUUAAGGUGCAGUCAUAUAGACCAAGGACAGUAUAGUCAUGUUGGUCAAAUUUGCAACUGGGGUUUUGAUUGUGGGAACCAUGGAGACCAUCCAGUCCACAGAUUCAAAAAAGCAGAUUUACAAGGUUUUUCCUUUGCUUUAUCUCAUGCGCUGCAAUUAGUUUCUGAAGCAGGAGCAACCUGGUGUGCGGCUUUAAUAACAGAACUGGGGAAACAAUAUGGCAAAGAAUAAAGAUCAACUUUCCAUACAUCUGCUGAAUAUUGACAUUUUUUUCUGGUUUAUGUCAUGAACGCUUAUUUUCAUUCAUUGUUUUGAUAUAUUUGUUUUCUAAGUAAACAUUUAUAAAAAAAAUGUAAAAUA